AUGAAUUUUAGAGAACUUGAUACAUCAAAUGGUGUUAAAGCUGCUGAAAGUUCAUUCAGAACUAAAGUAGUUUUAGCAAGAGAAAUUCCAUGGAAUGGAUUUGCAUCAUCAAAUUCAAUCACUUCAGAACAAUAUAAUUUAAUCUCAAAAUAUGAUAAACAUACUGAUGCUGAAAAGAAAGAGAAAUUUGCUGCUAAUAGCGCAAGUUAUGUUAACUUUUUCGUUAACUUUAUUAACUCAACCAGUAAUAUUGAAAUCAUCCAAUAUUUACUCACUCUUAUCAAUGAAAUUAUUGAAAUUGACCCAAGAGCAGCAGGUGCAUUCUCAAAAAUUACCAAAGAUGACGAUAAAUCAUACCCAUAUUCAGUAUUCUUUAGAUUAUUAAAUCGUGAAGAUGCUUACACUAACCUCCACGCAAGUAUUGCUCUUGCACAAAUCAUGUGUGCUGGUAAACCAACUCAAAAUGAUGUUGAAUCAUUUUUCAAUUGGAUUCUCAAAUUAUUAAGAAAGAAUAACUCAUCAGAAGUUGAAGUUGGUCUCAUCGCUUUGCAAUCACUCUUAUUAAAGGAUGAUUUCAGAAUUUUCUUUAAUAAUAUUGAUGGUUCUGCUUUAUUAUUAAAUAUUUUACAAGCAUUAUCAACCUCAUCAGUUAAUAUUCAAUUAUUAUAUGAAACUAUUUAUGCAAUUUGGUUAUUAACCUAUAAUAAAGAUAUUGCAGCAGCUUAUUCAGGAACUGGUUUAGUUGCAAAUUUAGUUCAACUCGUCAAAACUGUAGCCAAGGAAAAGAUUGUUAGAUUAUCAUUAUCAACCUUGAGAAAUCUUUUAAACAAUGGUAAGAGUAACGAAGAAAUGAUCGAUAAUGGUUUCGUUCGUAUGUUAAAUAUUUUAAAUAUUAAAAAAUGGGGUGAUGAUGAUAUUCCAGCUGAUAUUGAAGUUUUAAUUAAUGGUCUUGCUAAAGAUAUUGAUAAUAUGAGUUCAUUUAAUAAAUAUAAAACUGAAAUUAUUUCAGGUGAAUUAGAAUGGACACCAGUUCAUAAAUCAGAGAGAUUCUGGAAAGAGAAUAUCUCAAAAUUCGAAGAAAACAACUAUCAAGUCAUUAAACACUUACAUCAAAUUUUAAAGACAAGUCAAUCAACUCCACUUCAAUUAUCAAUUGCAUGUCAUGAUCUUUGUGAAUUCGUUAGACAUCAUAGUCGUGGUAAAGCUAUCAUGACUAUUACAAAUCAAACCAGAUAUCAUGGGUAUGAUGUCAAAUCAAAUGAAGAAGUAAAGAACCAAGCUUUAUUCGCUUUACAAAAAAUGAUGUUAAAUAAUUGGGAAUAUUUAAAUGCUAAAUAA